UCAAACUGAAAUGUCAUUGUCAUAAACAUAAGGUCUUCCUGUGUUUUGUAUCGAAUGAAAUUUCAACAUAAUUUGAAUUAUUCAGUUUAAUUUGUGUAAUUAUUAGUUAACAAAAGUACCAUUGCACUAUUAAAUUUUCAAACUUAACGUAAAAAUGGCUCGCGGCAAGGAUAAGAAGAAACGUAAAUUGGAGAAGAAGCAAGAAGGAGAUGAUGUUCCAAAGAAAAUACCGCAUACGUUGGAAAGUUUACGAGAGAAAGAUGAAACAAUGCUUGCUAAUGUUGAUGAAGAGGAAAAAGAGGAGGCUCAAAAAGACAUGGAGUUGGAUGAAAUGUCAUCAUACUUUCAAAAUGCUUAUGAGCCUAAAGUGCUAAUCACAUAUUCAGACAACCCACAUACAAAGACUAGGAUAUUUGGCAAAGAACUUAUGAGAAUUAUACCAAAUUCCUUAUCUAGAUAUAGACAGAGAUCCUCUGUAAAACGUAUAGUACAAUCAGCGAUAAGGGAAAGUUACACAGAUGUAGUGAUAGUAAAUGAAAAUCAGAAGCAGCCCAAUGGAUUCCUGCUAAUCCACCUGCCCAGCGGCCCCACCGCUCACUUCAGGUUGUCCAGCUGCAAAAUCACUCCGGAGUUGAGGAAGGACUAUAAAGAAAUUACUAAUCAUAGGCCUGAGGUGAUACUGAACAACUUCAGUACGCGGCUGGGUCUCACGGUAGGCCGUAUGUUGGGCGCGAUGUUCCACUACGAGCCGCAGUUCAAAGGACGCCGAGUUGUCACCUUCCAUAACCAGCGAGAUUACAUAUUCUUCAGACAUCACAGAUACGAAUUCACAUCAGACGGCAAGCGCGCAAAGUUGCGAGAGCUCGGACCUCGCUUCACCCUCAAGCUGGUCUCUCUGCAGCAAGGCACCUUCGAUUCCAAACACGGCGACUACGAAUGGAUUAUCGCCGGACGCAGACACUUCAUGGAAACUUCCAGAAGAAAAUUCUUUUUGUAAAACAUAAUAAAGAGAUCUUUUUUAAGCAAAAUAAAAAAAUUAC